AUGGAGCUGCCACUUGGGAAGUUACCACUGGGGAUUCUCUUGCUCCAAUUGAUGCUGCUCGUCUCCCCGUCGAUGAUGCAGCAGCAAUUCUUUUACCAUCCCCGCCAGCUCUAUUACGAUGCUCCCCGUCUCCGAAGAUUCGAGUAUGCCGUGCCUGUGGCUCCUCCGACUCCGCCUUUGCACUACCAGCAGCAGACGCCCCACUUUCAGCUUGUGAACUACCGUCCCAACUAUCAGCCCUUGGCCUUGGAAUACCAGCAACAGCAAGUGCCUGCCCCAGCUCCACCUUUACCGCCCCUGUAUACGCAGCAGAGUGUUCAGUACCAGCAACGGGCCAUAGCUCCUCCUCAUGCGGAACUGGCCAAGUAUCGCUACGAGGGAAAUUAUCUGCCAGUCCAGCCCCAGCGUCGCGUUGAGGAGCAACUCCAUCACCAGCAGCAGCAGCAGCAGCAGCAACUGUUGCAGCAACAGCAGCAACAACAGCACCUCUUCAAUGUUCCUCCAGCUCUAUUUACUAGCGAUGUACUUCAUGUGAUACCGCCGAGGAUAGCCAGGUUGCAGGAGCAGCAGCAGCAGCCUUCCCAGCCUCUUCAAGCGGAGCGACCACGAAGAUUUGCUAAGAAUCAGGACACUGAUGUGGCUGAGUCCAAGAGUCAGAGUGAUGGCACCAAAAAGGAAACCAAAUAUUUUCACGACAUUUUCAUGCGCUUCGAUGGCCCCCAUUCGCGGAGUCACGGUCACGUCAUGAAGCACCCAAAGGUCCAGGAAAGGCGCUUCGAGUCGCAACGAAGCACGAAUCGCUACAAGGGCGAGGUGAUUUGGACCGAUCGUCAAGGCGGCCACGGCGAGCACCGCUGGGACAUGGCUCAGGGAAAACUCUGA